AUGACGACGGACAAGGAGAAGGCCCUAGCGGCCAAGAAUGAUGGCAACAAGGCCUUCCUGAAGCACGACUGGCCGACGGCAAUCGACCACUACACUCAGGCGAUCGAGCUCGACCACGGCGAACCGACCUACUUUGCGAACCGCGCCCAGGCAUAUCUGAAGACAGAAGCAUACGGUUAUGCCAUUGCAGACGCCACCAAGGCUAUUGAGCUGGACCCAAAUUUUGUCAAGGCUUACUAUCGCCGUGCUCUGGCCUCUGCAGCCAUUCUCAAACCAAAAGAUGCGCUGCAGGACUUCCGGAUGUGCGUCAAGCUCAACCCGGGAAAUGUCGACGCCAAAGCCAAGCUGUCCGACUGCCAAAAGGUGGUGCGGCAACUACAGUUCUUUGAGGCAAUCGAGGUCGGCGACGAGCCGUCGGCAGCCGAGGGUCUCGAUGUCGAGUCUAUGGUCGUCAAGGACGACUACGACGGCGUGCGCCUGGGCGACGAGAUGACGCAAGAGUUCAUCGACGACAUGACCGAGCGGUUCAAGGAGGGCAAGAAGAUCCACUUGAAAUACGUCUACCAGAUCCUGCUGGCCGUCACCAAGAUUGUGCACGACGAGCCGACCAUGAAAGAGGUCAUGGUGCCCGAUGACACAACCCUGACCGUAUGCGGUGACACGCACGGCCAGUACUUUGACCUGAUGGAGCUUUUCCGCCUCAACGGCAAGCCCUCGGAGAAGCUCUGGUACCUGUUCAACGGCGAUUUUGUCGACCGCGGCUCCUGGUCCACGGAGAUUGCGCUGCUUCUGUACGCCAACAAGUGGCUGCGGCCCGAGGCCUUCUUCCUCAACCGCGGCAACCACGAGACCGACGACAUGAACCGGGCCUACGGUUUCGAGGGCGAGUGUAAAGCCAAGUAUAACGAGCGCGUAUUCCGCCUGUUCUCGGAGAGUUUCUCGGCGCUGCCGCUGGCCACACUGAUUGGCGAAAAGUACUUUGUGCUGCACGGCGGCCUCUUCUCGGACGACAAUGUCACCCUCGACGACAUCCGCAAGUUGGACCGGCACAAACAGCGCCAGCCAGGUCAGGCCGGUCUGAUGAUGGAGAUGCUGUGGACGGACCCUCAGCCCGAGCCCGGCCGGGGUCCCAGCAAGCGCGGUGUCGGCAUGCAGUUCGGUCCUGAUGUGACAGCGCGCUUCUGCGAGAAGAACGGCCUCGAGGCCAUUAUCCGCAGUCACGAGGUCCGCAUGGACGGCUACGAAGAGGAGCACAACGGAAAGUGCAUUACUGUCUUCUCCGCACCAAAGUACUGUGAUAUGACUGAGAACCGCGGCGCGUACAUCAACAUCGGCUCGGACUACAAGCUCAACUUCCACCAGUUCAACGCCGUGCCACACCCGAAUAUUCGUCCCAUGGCGUACGCAAACAACUCGAUGAUGUCUUCGCUGCUGUAA